GGGCGUCGGGGCCGCGCAGUGGCGGCUGGAGCAGGGUGCGCGCUGGGAAAGAUGGCGAUGAGAGUGGUGCGCGGGGUGAGCAGCGUGUUCUGUGCCGCCCGCCUGCUGCCCAGGAGCGUGUGCCCGGCCCGGUACCUGAGCGGUGCCGCUCGUCUGCUCGCCGCUCGUAAGUUCACAGACAAGCAUGAAUGGAUAUCUGUGGAGGAAGGGGUUGGAACUGUUGGAAUCAGCAAAUUUGCCCAGGAGUCAUUAGGAGAUGUAGUUUACUGUAGUCUUCCUGAAGUUGGGGCCAAGAUCAACAAAAUGGAUGAGUUUGGAACAUUAGAGAGUGUAAAGGCAGCUAGUGAACUCUUCUCUCCCUUGACCGGAGAAGUUAAGGCAAUCAACGAAGCGCUGGCAGAUAACCCCGGCUUGGUGAACAAAUCCUGCUACGAUGAAGGGUGGUUAAUAAAGGUGACUUUGGACGUUCCCUCAGAACUGGAUGACCUGAUGAGCGAGGACGCCUACGAGAAAUACGUAAAGUCUAUCGAGGACUGAAGACGGAACAGCUAGACGUCGUAGGCCGGUUUAGAGUCAGAGUAGUGGUACUCAGGAGGGCACGUGCCCCCGGGGUCGUGGAGCCGCGUUCUUCAGGAAUAACUGUUAACCAGCCUUUCCCUCCUCGUAGCUUUAAGUUGAACUGGUCGACAAUGAAGCCACUUCAGGAUCCUGUUUAAUAUCUUUUUUUUUUUUUAAGAAGAAUUGAUCUGAAAAUUUUACAGUGAAUACAGAUAAUUAACAAGUUGUUAGUCUUUUCCUGUCGUCUUCCUUUUUUUUUUGUCCUAUCUCGGCUGCAG